UCACAGUCGUCACGCUAGCUCUGGCUCAGCUCAUAUGCGACCCACCAGCCUCCGAGAACUACCUGAACCGCCCAUCUCCAUUCACCAUUCUCGCAACAAAUCCCUGUCUGGAGUCGAGGCACUCAGCACAUCUGCUAAAGGCAGCGGUGGAGCGGGUGCCCCGGGAGCAGGCAUGGGUGACCUCUCCCACCAUCAGCAUGGGCAUCAUGCUCGCAACUGUAAGAGUGUCCCAUCUGUCAACAUUAUAGCCAGCAUGGAGAAGGAUCAGCCACAUUCUGACGGUUACGAUCAUCUGGGACCUAAACGUUGUAUCAAACCAACAGAUUAUGACAGCCUGGCCGAGCCAGAGAGCACCGAUGGAGAAACUCCCGUGUCAGAAACAAGUGGAGUCUUAGAUGGCCACUAUUCACAGUUGAGAGAACGAACUUAUGCCGUAGUAGGAGAUGUCAAGGCCAGAGCCAAAGAAUUGUUUGACCCGUAUUCCCAUGCCAAGGAUAAAGAUGACAGCAGUUCAGACUACUAUAGCCAGGAGGACCCCUACAAUGAUAUAGAUGACUCUGGAGGAAGUGUGUCUUCCUCAUUCAUACACAGACUGCGGCAGUCACGAGAUGCUGAUGAUCUUUAUACCACUGUCCAUGAUGGUUCAAGGGCUACUAACAUGAAGAGAAUUCAAGAAACACGAGUUGUUCGAGCCUCAUUGCCUCCCAACAUCGGCGCAUCCUCCGGCCGCAAGCUGCCCCCGCCAGCCAUUCCAGAUGACGACGGGGAUGCGGAAGAAGAGUAUGCAGUUGUGAAGAAGACCAAAGGCAUGUCGCAGCAGGGAGCUGAGAAAGGUGUCCAUAUGUACAGUGAUAGUGAUAUUUCGUCGUACAAUUCAGGCCCUCCUGAACCACCUAGACUGUAUAAUGAGUACGACAGUUUGGAGGAGUCAUCGCCAACACCUCCCACUUACAGCAGAGAACACAAAUACUCCAAAGUGACUGCACGAGAGUCUCUGGCCAGUAUGUCUGCUAGGAAUGCCUUGCCUGUGAACCCGUAUGAAAUGGUCAUGGACUUGGCUGAGAAUGCGUAUGCAACGGUGGAUGGAGGGUCCGGUGAUGGAGUAGUCCUCCGAGGCGGUGUAGCAUGUGAAAAUGCUGAGAAUAGACUUAGCGAGGCUAGCGACACAUAUGCAGAAAUUGGCAAUUCAGGGGCUGGCUUGAGCUCCAGCAUUAUCAGCAGCAGCAGUAGUACAGGUGGCAACAACAGCAGCAGCAGUGUGGCUCCAAUACCACCAUCCUUGGACUCGCUGCACCUGAUGACCAAAUCUCAGACAUCCAGCGAAGGCGACCGCUUGAGUGACCGCCACUUGGCUUCCCCCGAGGAUUCAGCCAUGAGUUUGAAUAUCUGGAGCAAUAGCCAUGAAGAUGAGGAUUCUGAAGAUGGCUACAGCACUUUAAAAAAACCUGGCAGCCCACCGCAGAGUUCUAGUCUGCCAACUAUCCCAGACUCUUCUCUCAUCAGUGAUGAGGAGUCUGUUGAGGUUACACUUGUUCCAAACUACCAGACAGUCAAGGACUGUAUUUCAGACAGUGAAACAAUGGAUGAAACAGAGAAUGAUCCCAACUAUGAAAGUGUAGAGGAAAUGAGAGCCAAAGUGGCUCAGCUGAAAGCAAAAUGCACUUCUUUAGACACAAGAACUCCACCAUUAAUUCCUGACACAGGAACCAACAUGCAUGUGCCCACCCCUGGAGGGUUCACUACAAACAGUUCUAUGAGCCUUCCCACGGAUUCCUUGAGAAACAAAGACGAUUUACAAAAGAGUGGUCCCAGGCGGCAGCGACUUGACCAUGACUACGAAGAAGUUGAUUUGAGUCCUCCAACAUCACCAGUUACCCCCUCAUCUUCCAUGAACCACAGUGCAUCGUCUUCAUACCAUAUUACCUCUGUUUCUACUAGCUAUGCUGCAGCAUCUUCCCAGAUGGUAACUGAGACUGUUCUGGGUGUGACUGAGGUGCGGGAAAGAGUUGUACAGUCCCACAUGUAUGAAGAACUCACAGAAGUCAGAGCAAAGACAUUGCAAAUGAACAAACACAGAAAGAGUCAGUCCUUGGUCAAAAACAGUUCAGAAGAAAAAGUAAAGACUAGCAAAAAGAAAAGUGAAGAAAAAGUUAAAAGUGGCUCCGAAAAGAAAAAAGUUUCAGAGGAAAAAAAGAAAGGGUGGUCAUUGGAUAAGCGGAAAGGUGGUGCAGGAGAUAAAGCAAAGGAAGAUAAGCGAAAGGAUGGGUCUGAAGAUAAACGAAAAAGUGCAGCAGAGGAUAAGAAAGUAUCAGGUGAUGGUAAAAGAAAAAGCGGUGCAGAAGAUAAAAGAUUUGACUUGGCUGCAAUUAAUGGAACAAGAUUGUAG